AUGCAAGCAAAAAGAAACUGGAAGAUUAUCAGGGCUGACAACAAUGAGAUGGUAUUUCCAUUAAGCAACAACUCAGACAACAAGAAUCUUCAAAUGACAUACAACAAGGACAUUAACAGGACAGACAAUGAGCAAACCCACACGACUGACAAUGAGGUCACCAACAUGACAGACAACAGCCAUACUAAUAGAUCUAGGACAGGUGACAAGGACACUGACUUGACAGACAAUGGCACCCACACAACCAACAACAAGGAUGCUUACCUGUUGGCUUCUGACAAUGUCAUUAACAAGAAUGACAAGCUUGCUGAGGGAUUGGGACUACUCACACAUUCUGAAGAGUUCGAAAGGACAAUAUGUCAAGGAUUCUCUACAAUUGUAGGCCCAUCCCUUUCACUCACCAACAUUGUAAAGCAAUUUCCACUACCAGAGAUCAACUUUGAACCUAUUUUCGAGAGGGUAUCUCUGUUAGCCACAGAAUCCCAGGAGACACUGAGUGCAAUACCUGAAGGAGCACUAUCAGUCACUGAAUUCAAAAAAAUAGACAGUGAAAGUUCGACUGGUAGAACAGUUGUAACCAAGGUUGAGUACCUGGUUCCUAAGAAGUGGAAGCUCAGUAAGGAGGUAUUUGAUAGUGACAGGCCUUAUAAACACAAUACUAGGGAACAGUCCCCCCCAGGUUUUAGAAUAACUUUUACAGCUCUCAAGCAACUUGAGGAAAUGAUCAAGGAACUGGCAGACAAGGAAAAAAAACUUGACAAAUUCAUCUGUAGUAAUCGUGCUGGAGAAAGUAGUAGGGUACAGGAUAACAGAGAAGGUAACAGAAGAGUGCUUGGAAACUAUUAA